GAGCCUGGAGCAGCUCAGAGAGCAGAGGCAACAAGCUAAGCACAGUACUGAGGCACAGAAACCAGUACUGCCACCGAGAUCACAGCACUGGGACCAGCAGAGCACAGACCGAACUUGUCACAGCAAGGUUACUGGGACCAGAAAAGCACAAGGCAUUGCAACCAGUGGAGCUACACUCAACAAUUUAGAAGCUUCACUCAACUUCUUAAAUUUUAGAGGAACCAUGCCUUCCCUACGAAUGACCCCUCUGGUGGUUGUGGUCAUCCUUGCCGGAUUGCUAGACCUGGCAUUUUCAUCUUGCCCAGCUGUGUGCCAGUGUCCCCUGGAGGUGCGCAAAUGUGCCCCAGGGGUUGGUUUGGUUCUUGACAGUUGUGGAUGCUGCAAAGUGUGCGCCAAGCAACUCAACGAAGACUGUAGCAAAAGCCAACCUUGCGACCACACCAAAGGACUGGAGUGCAACUUCGGUGCCAGUUCCAGAGCCACCAAGGGCAUCUGCAGAGCAAAGUCUGAAGGAAGACCUUGCGAAUACAACUCCAGAAUUUACCAGAAUGGAGAAAGCUUUCAGCCCAACUGCAAGCACCAGUGCACAUGUAUCGACGGGGCCGUGGGCUGUCUUCCCCUGUGCCCUCAAGAACUCUCCCUCCCUAACCUGGGAUGCCCAAAUCCAAGACUGGUGAAGGUGCCUGGGCAGUGUUGCGAGGAAUGGGUGUGCGACGACGCCAGGGACACAGGCGACGACCUGGAAGAUUUCUUAAGCAAAGAUUUCGGAAUGGAUAAUGAAGGAGAUCUUACCAGUAAAAACGAAUUUGUCCCCAUCGUGAAAGGAGGACACAAAAUGCUACCAGCCUUUGGUUCCAACCCACAAGGCCACAUAUUUGAGGCUCAGAAGUGCAUCGUCCAAACGACGUCUUGGUCUCAAUGCUCAAAGACGUGCGGCACCGGCAUCUCCACGAGAGUCACCAAUGACAACAAAGACUGUCGAUUAGUGCGAGAAACCAGGAUCUGCGAGUUGCGGCCAUGUGGACAGACAAACUAUUCACAGUUAAAGAAGGGAAAGAAAUGCACAAAAACAAAAAAAUCUCAGGCUCCAGUCCGAUACAGCUAUGCCGGCUGUUCCAGCGUGAAGAAAUACAGACCUAAAUACUGUGGAUCAUGCGUUGACGGAAGAUGCUGCACCCCCCAACAGACGCGGACUGUCAAAAUCCGAUUUAGGUGCGAAGACGGGGAAACCUUUACAAAGAACGUGAUGAUGAUCCAGUCCUGUAGGUGCAACUACAACUGUCCACACACCAACGAAGCCUACCCUUACUACAGACUAUUCAAUGACAUCCACAAAUUCAGAGAUUAAAAGGAGCAAAAACCAACCAAGGGACAAUCGAGAAUAAUGGGAAUAUUCUGUUGUGGAGAUGUUGCAAUACCAUCUUUGGACACUAUGUGGCACUAGGAACUUAUAAAGUGUAUCACCACCUGGUCUUCAUUACAACAGACUGAAAUCUUUAGAGCUUCAUAGUACUGGAGCAAACUCGUCGCUUCUUUUUUUGGAGCAAUUGAUAAUAAUAAUAUAAUAAUAUUUUUGUUUUUGUUUUCUGUUAGUAAAUUAUCUUUAAAGUAUUCUUCUGGUCCUUUAAAAAAAAAAACUAAAAACUAAGAAUUGUUCCUGCAUAAAGUUAUUGAAUGACCAAACUUGGGUAAAAAAAAAAAAAGUUAAAAAGCAAUUGAGAGUUUCUACAUUCCUUCCUAAUCGCGCUCAGUGAAGCGUUUCUCUGUGGCAGCUAUCACAACCCGACAA